CUCCUCAGUCAGGCGAUGUCAAAACUAUCGUAAUCGGUGGAGUGGUGUAAAAUCAGCUGCAGUGACCGACUGCUGAAGAAUGAAGAAGCACUUGAAACAAGUAGCGGGGUAGACUCACAACAAAGCUCUGUUUGGUCCUGGGUGUAAACACGUUACGUAAAACGCCUAAAUUCGAACGUGACAGUGACUGGUGCAUACUAAGAUUGCAAACAAAGAUUCAGAACUUUGUAACAGACCUCUGUUUACAAAUCCACUACCCUGUGUAAGAAACCAGUCAUUUUAUACAUCAUAACAUCAAGAUGGACCUUGUGGAUUUAGUGUACCCUGAGCUGACCUUGAUGAACCCAGCAGCACUGACUGUGGUCACAGUAACAGCCAUGAUGAGCCUUUAUGUGUAUUUUAUGCAGCCAAGUAUGAUUUUGCAAGCUUAUUUCAGAGUGGCUGUUAGAUGGAGUGGCAUGAAGAUCAGGUGCACAAAAUUGUUACCAGAUGGCUUUCGGUUCUUUUAUGGUGAAAAGGGCCAGAAAACGAAAGGACAAAUGAGUGUUGUCUUUUUGCAUGGCUUCACUGCUGACCACUUCAUGUGGGCUCCGAUUGUUCAGAAUAUUCCGUCAUCGAUUCAUGUAAUUGCGGUUGAUCUGCCCGGCCACGGCUUCACCAUGGAUCCACUGGAUAAUGACGACAUUGGCUUCAGGGCCCAAGUUACACGUAUUAAACAAUUCUUGGAUCUGAUUGACCUGACUGAGCCAGUGCAUCUGGUGGGCAUUUCCAUGGGUGGGGCUCUGGCUGGUCUUUUUGCUGCCGAGUUUCCAGACUUGGUCGGGGCAUUGAGUCUCACAUGUCCCAGCAUGAAAACGCCAGAAGAAAGCCACAUGAUCAAGAGCAACAAAGAGCGAGUGCUGCAGGCGGGUGAGCUGACCAUUGAGAACUGCCCCAUGCUGCCGCAGACGUCGAGGCAAGUGCAGGAGAUGCUCAACAUCAGCCAUUACUUUUCCGUCUCCUACCCCUCACAGAUUCUGAAAGGUGUGGCUGAACUGCGGAAAAGGAAAAAUGACUUCUACCUGCGUUUGGUCAGAGAAAUAAUCUCAGAACCAUCUCAAGUCAUGCUGGAGAGUAGCCUGUCUAAAAUCUCCAGCCCAACGCAAGUCAUUUGGGGCCAAGAAGACUGGAUAGUGGAUGUGUCCGGGGUGGACGUUCUGAGGAAGCACCUGCCCAAUUGCCGGCGGGUGAACAUUAUGCCGAAGUGUGGCCAUGCUGUCAACCUGGACCAACCGGCGCAGUUUGCUCAGAUUGUCUUAGACUUUUGGCGAGACCAGCAGAGCAGGAUGCUUCCCGAAGGGAAGAAGUGCUCGUGAUGUCACGCCGAGAGGGUAGUUUUAUAAAGAGCAUCAGUCAUCUGUGCUCAUUUUUCAGGCCAGUGACUCCACACAAUAUGUUUUGUAUAUAUAGCCACUUGUUUUUGACUUAAUACAGACGGUGAUUUAUUCAGGUAUUUCUUUUGAUGUACAUCUUGUCAAGAAUGUUUUUAGAGGAACUGUUAUGAACAAUCUGUUUAAUUGUUAUAAGCAGAAUCAUAAUGUCCUCUGUUAUUACCAUUUAUUGUACAGAAAGAUUCCUCUCCUUCUCUGCAAUACUGUAAACUUAAAUGGGUCUCUAUAAAGCAGAAGUGAUAUUGUUUAGUUUUGAGUAUUGAGCUCAUCUGAAUGCUCAUCUUUGGGACUUCAAAAACUGGCUCAAGAAAGGAAAUCCACUUCAGGAAAGAUCAGCCCUAGCCAUUGACUCUCCCUGGGGUGAAGUAUUGCUUCCUCAGGGUUUGCAGUAGGAGUUGGACAAAGUUCUGCCAAUGCGAUGUUGUAUCGUUAUAAAAUUUCAGUUAUCCUAAAUGUCUGUCCUGCCCAUCGGAAAAGGUCAAAGGAAAAGUUU